AAACGAUCAUAAUUUAAAUAUUAAUUCGUUAAAUGAAAGGCAGAUCGAUUUCGUCUACUGCAUAUAAUAACAGGACGAUUCUCGUAAAAAGCCCUCGUUUUAUUCGUCAAAAGUAACGGAAAAAAGAAAAUAACGAAAAACCACAAAAUCGAAAUAACCUAAGAAAGAAAAUAAGUACACACAAUAAAAUAUUAAGAGACAGAAUUCCACAUGUAAAGAUACCUCCCACCACUCUACCGUUUCUAAGAUGACUAUAAAGUAGCUAUGUAAAACAGUUCUUCUUCAGUUUUCUUUGUGAGUUCCCUGAGAGCAGUAUAUUCGGUACUUGACUACGCGAAGCUUAUUCGAAAGAGACAAUUUCGUGCGAGCGUGAUUCAAACUUUUCUAAAAUCUGUCCGUAAAAGUAACUGACUGUAAGUCGUGCUGCCAUGAAUUUUGUAAAACAUUACGUUAGAGCGAACAUGAUGCAACGUGCAACCGCCAAGGACAUUAUGGAGGAAUUUAGCAACGAGUUAGCAAUGAUACGAGGAAAAUGCAUCGACAUAGGAUCGGGACCUGGAGACAUCACAAAAGAAUUGUUGCUCCCUCGAUUACAACCCGACGUGAUAGUCGUAGGUUCCGAUAUAUCUCAAUACAUGACGGAUUACGGGAAUAUAAAUUAUGCUGAGGACAAACGAUUGUCUUUUAUCGUUUUGGAUAUUGAAACAACGGAAUUGUCGAGUGAGGAAAAUGGACAAUAUGACUUUGCUGUGUCCUUUUCGUGUUUACAUUGGUGUCAGGAUAUGAGACGCGUUUUCGGGAAUAUUUACAAGCUGUUGCGACCGAACGGUAGAGCACUGGUCGAAUUUAUAGCACAUCACGGCGCCUUUGAAUGUUAUUACAAACUGAAAAGAAAUGCGCAAUACGAACCUUACAUGCAGGAUGUAGACCGUUACAUACCGUAUUUCCAAAACUGUAAAAACCCGAGAGAAUCCUUGCGAAAGAUCCUAGACAACACAGGCUUUAAAAUCAUUCAUUGUAGCCAAAGGGAGGCAACAUUUACUUUCGAGAGCAAAGAGAUACUCAGAGAACACAUAUUAGCAGUCAAUCCUUUCGUCUCAAGAAUGCCCGAUGAUAUCAAAGACAAAUUCAUCGACGAUUUAACGGAAGACAUAAUACUCCAUCAGAUCGUGCGUCCGCAUAAAAUGAAACAACAAACACAAGAACCCGAAAACCAGACAAUCACACUGGACAGAUAUUACACUUUACUGGUAUACGUCAAAAGACCACGGUCCGCUCCUCUAUGCAUAAAAUGUAACACAAAUAUAUAAGGAUAUUUACAGAUUUUAUUCCUAUCGACGAUACAAUACCGAGUCAAGUUAAGAUUAGAGAUUGUUUUAAUUUGUUAGAAUUUUCUGCCGUUUUUGUGGGAAAUAUAUCGAUAUUAAGAUAUCGAUUUAAUAUUACUAUAAGCAAAUUAUUGUUUCUCAAACACUCGAACAAGUAACCAAUUAACAUGGAAUUAUUAUUUUUAUAUUAGCACGAGUAGAGAUAUUUCUAUACUACCCAAUAAUGCAACUAACUAUUUCGCUGUGCUAAAAUUGAAAAAUAAAUUCUACACAGACAAUCACAGGAAUGAAACGUGUUAGAUUAUCUCCACCCCAUCGACAUCUCCUCAAAUCAAAUAUUUCUAUUUAUCUUCUACGAAGGCGCACUGGCAGUGGAUACGAUGAAAAAGGGAAAGAAAAACGACAACGCAACAUCUCACCUGACUUCACCACACCUUAUCUCACCAACCGUCGACCAACCUGUGUCUCCUACAACACUAAACUUUAUUGUACGCUAUGUCUUUGAUUUUACAGUAGUACAGCCAUUUAUAGAAUAUCAUCGUAAUUCGUGGGUCAUUGUACGGAUAUAAGUGGGCGUUAUGAUAUACUGAUAUUCGCAUAGCGGGUAACAAUGUCGCUAAUUCUGUUCUCUAAAAAAUACACCCAAGGUUUACAAAUAGUCUUAAAAUUGCUGACACCGAUCUGUUCUGACAACCGUGCGCGCUUCUCGAGAGGCGUACGACUAGCUUCGCGCAUCGAAGAAAGUCGCGCAAGCAAAUUAGCAUUAAUCUCCUCUUUUUUCCCCCCUCCUCUCUUUCUCCCUCGUUAAUGCCUAUUCCCCGAUUACGCAGCGUCGCGAUAAUUAACCGCACAUCGAUCCAUGCGGAUUUCUUCCGUAGUCGCUCUAUCUCGAUCUAAUUCGAAGCGAGGAUGCUCGACCCGUGAGCGAAACUAGGCGCACUUUCCUCAAGCGACAGCGCAUUUGAAAUUUUUCGACGUAUCGAAAAUGGAAGCGAUCCAGACUACCAUUGUGUACUGCUGCUGCUGCUGCGGCAUGCCACGAAAUAUUCUCUAUUCUUUCGGGAUGCUACGACGCUCGUUUGAAUAAUGCAGAAAAACAAUUUUCUACGCGCGUAAGUGAGGCUACCGCUUGACCUCCUCGGCAUAAUUCAUGAAGCUCUACGCAAAAGCUCGAAACGAAUCCUCUCCGUGGAGAAGUUAACAUAACGCACAAAUAUGCCGCGGACGAUUGCGAAAGACUUUACGACACUGGUAUCAAAAUCUCAAUAUUCAAAUCGAGCAUCGCGACGAGUAGCCGUUCACUCGGCUACAAUCGCCCGUGAACACACCACGUGUUCCGUCAGUGAACACGCAUGAUCCCGAAAAAAAAUCCAAAUCCCGAAAUUUGAAAAGUGGGAUAUCCGCGCAAAGAUACUGCCGUUAAAAGUUACAGAAUAGAGGCCUUAGAUCGGUAUUUGUAGUUGUCAAUUACUUACGAUUUUCGAGAUUGAGAGCAUAAUCAAUUACAAGUUCAUAUUCAUGGACUACCAUUUGGUUAUUUGAGUCGACAUUUCAUAUGUUAUGUAUGAAAUAAAUAUAGAUUAAUGAAUAAUCAAAUUUAUCGAAAGCAUGCAAUUAUCUCGAAAAGUCACAAUACUGAAAACCGAUUACUGGAACGACAAUCCGAAAUAUUGAAAGAAAUGAUAACUUUGCGAGACAACUUUAUUUUAUCCCAAAAUUUCGGGAGAUUGUCCCGGUAUUUAGUUUUCGGGAUUGUGACUUUUCGGGAUAUUGUUCUAUUUUGUGAAUUUGUAUUUUUUUUUUUCCGAGAACAUGCAUGUUCACCAUUCCGCCUAUUCGUUUCAUGCUAUCUCUCUCUCUUUCUCUCUCACGGAUGCAAUUAACGGUAGGAAAAUUCACUAACUGGAUAAAUCUUAGUCAUCAAUAUCUUCGAGAUAGUCGUUACAAACGUGGACAUCACCUGCCACAACAGCCUCCCAUGAUCCGUUAUACGACGAUCAGGAAACGGAACUUCGUAUGGUUUCACACUGAAUAUAUUUCACCGAUUACGUAUAUUUUCUUUUUUCAACUUUGUUCUCAUUAGAAUAGAUCGAGAUACGUUUAGACAUCGACUUUCUCAACACAAGUAGCGAGUUGUUGGAGUAGCGAGUAUAUUAUCCGUCCCAACAAUAACAAGCGCAGAAACAAUAGCACGUGUACCGUCAAUACACGAUAAUCGAGCCGUCCCAUAUCGCGUCUCAGCUCCGCUCGCGUGGAAAGAAUCACCCGCCGUGAAACCGUAUGAAUUUCCGUCCUGAUGAUGAUUCCUGGUAAUUAGCAUGUAGUACAUAAUAAACGUGCUCGAACUGAGCGGUGUUUUGUAUAAUCAUCGCGAUAAUCGUAAAGCAUCAGAUCCGAUGAGCGUCGAGCCUCGCCACGAUUUUUGAUUAUCAAAACUGAUUUCGUCGAACGAACGAGACGGGCGGAGGGUGAGCCCGUGAAAGUCAGACGAACGUUCAAUAAUUGUCCCCCCGCUUCGAGUUAUUCAGUGCUCGUUCGUAACGGAAUAAUAAUCGUGGAGACUUCGAUAUUAUAUCUAAAUAUUUUCUAGAUGCAUUCUCUCGAAAGCGAGAUCCAACAAUAUUCGCGAUUCGAAUGCUUUACGGUCGCUCUGGAUUUUAAGGGCUAAAUCCGUAAGAUUAUUAGGUAUACAUUUAUCGAUUACGAGCUAAUAUCAUUAUGGCAAACGGAGCACGCUUCUUAGUGUACCGAUCACGUGGUAGUCUCUUAUUCGUAGAAAGGACAUCGAACAUCGAAGACGAUUAUUUAGAAAAGAGGGAUACCUGGAUACAGAACAGCGAAGGAUGAUCGAGGGCAAGGCACAAGUGAGUCAGAGGAGAAAUCAUUUUUGGAUGAAACUCUAGUCUCUGUCCUAAUCGUUUCCCAUUACGUUCCUCUUGUCGCGAUCAAGAUCGAGACAUCGCGAGAUAUACACACAUAUAUAUAUAAUAUAGUCAGACAUCGCCGAGACGUGAUUAAUCGACAACUAUUGCUAACAACGGGACGAACUUCUUAUUUCUACUGACUCGAGUUGAAAUUUCGAAUCUGCCUUAAGGCCGGUAUUCACAGUUCGUUGUCAUUUAAUAAAUAAUCAUAACUUCAUGAAACCUGGUUAUUUGUUAAUCUAUAUUUAUUUCACACAAUACGAAAUAUCGAACAAUCAAAUAUUAGAGUCCGUGAGUGUGAACCUAUAAUUGAUUACGCUCUCGAUUGGAAAUCGUAAGUAAUUGACAACUACAAAGAUCGAUUUAAGGCCCCUAUUCUGUAACUUUUAUAUUGCUGUGCAACGUCAUUGUAUACACAAUUGUCAUAUUUUCUCCUACAACUUCUUUCUUCUCAGCCUUGUGGCAAUUUUAAAUUAUAUCGAAAGUUCCAAAAAACAUUAUCGGAAGCGUAAACCGGCACUUGCAAGAUUUACACCAAAUUAUAAAGACAGUGUUCACAAUUAUGAAAUAUGUAGUCUUUAAUUGAAAGCAUAAUUACACAUGCGUACUCAAGGAGCGUUAUUAAACCGAUAUUUCUUGCGUGGAAUAAGCACAGCCCGACAAGUAAUGAGAAAUUCAGGAAGCUAGGAUGAUUUGUGAAAUAACGACGGACCAUGAAUACCGGUUUUAAUGUUGACCCGGACACUCGCCCGAUUCGUCUCGCGCGUCCACGUGCAUCUCCGUGCCGCGAUUAAUCAUUUCUUUAUACUGUCGAGAUUUCAAAACGAAGACGUCAAAUACGCAUACCGUAUGCAUGUUACGAUAAAUCUCUAUUAAAAAAAAAAAAACAUUAACUGCAUAUUCAAGACUGCUGUUUAGGUACUUUCGCUUGGAAAUGUUCGUCGUUGAAGUUGAAUUUAGAACUUGAUCCCCGGAUCAAUGGAAAUUUGAAUAAAAAA